AUGGAUGCCAUCAUGCUGCAAGAGAAACUGGUGGAACGUUUGCUGUGCCCACGAGUGAGAACUGCCAGACAGAAGGAGAAACAGUAUGUUGGUUUUGCAACUCUGCCCAACCAGGUCCACAGGAAGUCUGUGAAGAAGGGAUUCGAUUUUACACUGAUGGUGGCAGGAGAGUCCGGUAUGGGUAAAUCCACACUGGUCAACAGCCUGUUCCUCACAGACCUCUACAAAGACAGGAAGUUACUGAAUGCUGAGGAGCGUAUUAACCAAACCGUGGAGAUCAUCAAACACACAGUCGACAUUGAGGAGAAAGGAGUCAAGCUUAAGCUCACCAUCGUAGACACGCCGGGGUUUGGAGACGCCGUCAACAACAACGAGUGCUGGAAGCCAAUUACAGACUACAUCGAUCAGCAAUUUGAACAAUACUUCAGAGACGAGAGUGGACUGAACAGGAAGAACAUCCAGGACAACCGAGUCCACUGCUGCCUCUACUUUAUCCCCCCAUUUGGACACGGGCUGCGUCCCGUGGAUGUUGAGUUCAUGAAGGCUCUGCAUGAAAAGGUGAACAUAAUUCCUCUCAUCGCAAAAGCCGACUGUCUCACGCCCAACGAGAUUAAGAAGCUCAAAGACCGAAUACGAGAGGAAAUAGACAAGUUUGGGAUCAAAGUGUACCAGUUCCCUGAAUGUGAUUCCGAUGAGGAUGAAGAGUUCAAACAACUUGACAAAGAGCUGAAGGAGUGCACCCCGUUCGCUGUGAUCGGCAGUAACACAGUGGUGGAAGCUCGAGGGCAGAGAGUGAGAGGGAGACUUUACCCCUGGGGGAUUGUUGAAGUGGAAAACCAGUCGCAUUGUGACUUUGUGAAACUGAGGAACAUGCUGAUUCGUUCACACAUGCACGACCUCAAAGACGUGACCUGCGACGUCCACUACGAGAACUACAGAGCACAGUGCAUACAGGAGAUGACCAGUAAACUGGCUCAGGACAACCGUAUGGAGAGUCCCAUCCCCAUCCUGCCGCUGUCCACUCCAGAUGUGGAAACUGAGAAACUAAUCAAAAUGAAAGAUGAGGAGCUGAAGAGGAUGCAGGAGAUGCUGAAUAAGAUGCAGCAGCAGAUGCACGAGAAAGACCAGUGA